AUGGCCACCACGUCAGCAGCACCGGACACUCCUGCCUCACGCCAGAGCUAUGGGCGCGGCAGGGCAACCGGGCAGCCCCUGGUUUCACAGCUUCCCUUCCUGUGGGCAUUGCUGCUGGGCUUCCCCGCUGAGUCUCGGGCUUCUGUCGACACUCCACCCCACUCCAUAAAGGUGGAGGGUGACAUCACGCUCGGAGGACUCUUCCCCAUCCAUGCCCGGGGCCUGGCGGGUGUCCCGUGUGGGGAGCUGAAGAAGGAGAAGGGCAUACACCGCAUGGAGGCCAUGCUCUACGCCCUGGACCAGAUCAACAGCGACCCGGACCUGCUGCCCAACGUCACACUGGGCGCCCGGAUCCUGGACACCUGCUCCAGGGACACAUACGCCCUGGAACAGUCGCUCACCUUCGUCCAGGCUCUCAUCCAGAAAGACACGUCGGACGUGCGAUGCUCGAAUGGAGAGCCGCCCAUCGUCCCCAAGCCGGAGCGCGUGGUUGGGGUCAUCGGGGCGUCUGCCAGCUCCGUGUCCAUCAUGGUGGCCAACGUCUUGCGCCUGUUUGCGAUCCCACAGAUCAGCUACGCCUCCACAGCCCCGGAGCUGAGUGACAAUGCGCGCUACGACUUCUUCUCGCGGGUGGUGCCACCGGACUCCUUCCAAGCGCAGGCCAUGGUGGACAUCGUGAGGGCCAUGGGCUGGAACUACGUCUCCACGCUGGCAUCAGAGGGCAGCUACGGCGAGAGUGGGGUAGACGCUUUCCUCCAGAUCUCCAGAGAAGCAGGAGGUCUGUGCAUAGCCCAGUCCAUUAGGAUUCCUAGAGAACCACGACCAGGAGAGUUUGACAAAAUCAUUAAAAGGCUAAUGGAGACCUCCAAUGCCAGAGUGGUCAUAAUAUUUGCUAAUGAAGACGACAUCAAGCGGGUCCUUGAGGCUGCAAAGAGGGCCAAUCUCACAGGUCACUUCCUGUUUGUGGGAUCUGACAGCUGGGGAGCCAAAAUUGCCCCUGUCCUGAACCAGGAAGAUGUGGCAGAGGGUGCAGUCACCAUCCUGCCCAAAAGGGCAUCUAUAGAGGGCUUCGACCAGUACUUCACCUCACGCUCUUUGGAGAACAACAGGAGGAACAUGUGGUUCGCAGAGUUCUGGGAGGACAACUUUGGCUGCAAACUGACACGCCCUGGCCUUAAAUUAGACAGUGGACAGAGGAAAUGUACAGGAGAGGAGCGGAUCGGCAAGGACUCGCCGUACGAGCAGGAGGGGAAGGUGCAAUUUGUGAUCGACGCCGUGUAUGCCAUGGCCCACGCACUCCACCACAUGCUCACGGACCUGUGCCCGGGGGCCCCAGGCGUCUGUAGCAGGAUGGAUCCGGUGGAUGGAGGACUGCUGCUCAAAUACAUCCGGGCCGCCAACUUCAACGGCAGUGCAGGCACUGGAGUGAUGUUUAAUGAGAACGGAGAUGCUCCAGGCCGUUACGACAUCUUCCAGUACCAGAUGUCUAACAGCACCAUCGCCGGCUACAAGGUCAUUGGCCAGUGGACGAACCACCUACGGCUCAACACCGAGGAGAUGCAGUGGCCUGGGGGUGAGAGGCAGGCACCGGACUCUGUCUGUAGCUUCCCUUGCGGGCCAGGAGAGAGGAAGAGGAUGGUGAAGGGCAUGCUGUGUUGCUGGCAUUGUGAGCUCUGCGAUGGCUACCAGCACCUCCUCAACGAGUUCACGUGCGAGACGUGCCCGUUCGACACGCGGCCCACGCCCGACCGUGCGGGCUGCCGGCCCACGCCCAUCAUCAAGCUGGAGUGGACCUCGCCCUGGGCCGUCGUGCCCGUCGUACUGGCCAUGCUCGGCAUCCUGGCCACCACGGGAGUCAUCGUCACCUUCGUCCGCUUCAACGACACGCCCAUCGUGCGCGCGGCCGGCCGGGAGCUCAGCUACGUGCUGCUGGUGGGCAUCUUCCUCACCUAUCUCAUCACGUUCCUGAUGAUGGCCGAGCCGAGCGUGACGGUGUGCGCCUUGCGCAGGCUGCUGCUCGGCCUGGGGAUGUGCGUCAGCUACUCGGCUAUGCUCACCAAGACCAACCGCAUCUACCGCAUCUUCGAGCGGGGCAAGAAGUCGGUGACACCCCCCAAGUUCAUCAGCCCUGCCUCGCAACUCAUCAUAACUUCCCUCCUGAUCUCGGCGCAGCUGCUAGGGAUUUUCAUCUGGUUCGCUCUCGUACCUCCCCACACCAUAAUCGACUUCGAGGAGCUGCACCCCCCCAACCCGGAGCUGGCACGAGGCAUCCUGAAGUGUGACAUGUCCGACCUGUCUCUGAUUGGCUGCCUCAGCUACAGCAUGGCGCUGAUGGUCACGUGCACGGUGUACGCCGUCAAGAGCCGUGGCGUCCCGGAGACGUUCAACGAGGCCAAGCCCAUCGGCUUCACCAUGUACACCACCUGCAUCAUCUGGCUGGCCUUCGUGCCCAUCUUCUUCGGCACGGCGCAGUCCACAGAGAAGAUGUUUAUCCAGACCACCACGCUGACCGUGUCCAUGAGUCUGAGUGCCACCGUGUCCCUGGGAAUGCUUUACAUCCCCAAGGUCUACGUGAUUGUCUUCCACCCGGAGCGGAACAUGCAGAAGCGGAAGCGGAGCUUCAAGUCCGUGGUGCAGGCCGCCACCGUCUCCACGCGCCUCUCGCACAAGGCCAGCGAGAAGCAGAACGGGGACAUCCGAGGGGACGCGGAGAGACCUCGGUGAACGCUGCAGCUCUCGGCAUUUCCAAUCGAGACGGUCGAUUUUUAAAAAUGAUUAUUAUUCCUUUGUUUUGUUGUUUCUUUGUUCUGUUAAGGAAGCACAGUUUUAAAUCAUUGUCUUUUGCCUCUAUAAGCACCUGAGGUUCUUUUCUAGAACCUGUGCCAGAAUGGGCCCCUGUGUGGGUCGGUGACCUGGACGGUUUAAGACAGGCCACAGACGGUACUCCGCCGAGUCUUGUGCACUGUGAUUAUGUUCAUCAAAUGGACGGAAUAGAGAUUUUGAGACCCUGGGCCACUGUUGAUGACGAAAAAAAAAAAAAAUCUGGGAGAAAUGAGUCAGAGCUUUGAAAAUGAUAUGGACAAAAAUAGAAAUAUCUUGACUAAUGGAUUUCUUUGGUCAGUAUGGAGAUGUAAAAAUGCAAAAAAUGUAAAAAUGUGUUUCCUUUCUAUACCUCUCUGCAUGCUCCAGCACCAGUUAAGCUGUAGUUCUGAUUUUAACCUUUACAACCGUUUUCAGAGAUCUGCAUGAACUAUGUGUCCGGCAUCCCCAAAUAUUUUGCUGAUGUAAGCCCUUUUUUUCCACAACUGAAUCAAACACACCUCUCAGGGAGUCCAUAUGUUUUUCUCGUAACCUUGAGCCUCUGAUCAAUUAUGUUUUAUACAUCUGGGAGAGCCAUCAGCUUGUAGCUUGUAAGAAGUGAGUGAAAAUGAACAAAUACCCACAUUCGUUUGAUAUUAAAAAAAAAGAUCUUGUCAGAUUGUGCCAUGACUUUGCUAGUAAAGGAAACAAGCAUUUUGUUGUUCAUUUCAAAGGGUUUGCAGUAUAGCGUGUUCUUUUGGGUGUUUAUUAAAAACGGCGUUAUUAUCUACCUCAGUGCAGUGAAGGGCGCUCUCUUGUGGUACAAAAUGAAACCAAAAACAUUAAUUAUGGGAGUAUGUGCAAAUACAAAACUGAAUGGUGCAGGGCACAAUUAGAAUCACAUAAAGAAAAAUAAGAUUCCUUCACAUAUACCUAAUACACCUGAGUGUGGGUCGAUAUAACCUUUUGUUAGAAAUUCAGCAAUGAAAGUUUUUGACUAGAAGGUCUUCCUCUGGAAUAUUCAGGCAUGUGAAUCUCCCAAAAGUAACCUUUUUACAAUUGACAACACCAGUACCUAAAACCGAUGUCAAUGUUCAGGUUAAACAAAACUACAUGUAGACACAAUAAUCACAGCCUCAUGUGGUAUAUAUUAUAUAUUCAAUAAAACAUAUUAUAGGCUUAACAUCAGAUCUCAUAUUAAUGCCAUUGUGAAUAAAAGCAUCGCAUGUAGGUCCAGAACAAUUCUCUUUUCAGACUUCACCCACAGAUGUAUCUACACACUUCAUACUGUGUGCAGUAUUGGCUUAAAUAUGGACUGUAACAUUAAGCCUCUUGAUUAUUUUAUGUAUAUUUUGUGUCAUUUAACCUGCUAAAUAAUUUGCUGACUAAAUCUUUCAAUAUUAAUUAUAUGUUACUGAAAUCUUCUGCUUUUCUUUCAUUACAUUUGCAUGUUUCUAAGAGUACAGGCAGAGUUCUGGAUUCUGCAUUUAGUGUUAAACAUCUAGUUCACCUCACCUAGCUGGGAUAUUGACAUUAGCUACGGUAAUGUGCAUGCAAAUUUAAAUGUAAUUUGCAUGUAAUGCUAUUCCAUGCAGCACGUCUGUCUGUCCUACAGGCACCUGCAAGACCAAGCAGAUUCUGUUUUAUGUGGCCAGUCAAAAUCAGGAUUCAAGCAGGUUAGCCCAGCCUAGGUGUGUUUCAUGGAUGUCAUGUUUGUUCUGCUUG